CACCAAGAAACACACACAAACAGAGACACCUGUACACAUACACAGACAUGUACACACACACACACACACACACAGAAACAUGUAAACACACGCACAGAGACACAUGUACACAUACACACAUACAGACAUAUGUAUACACACACAGGAACGUACAGACACGCAGACACAUGUACAUACAUACACAGACACAUGUUCAUACAUACACAGACACAUGUACACACAGACACAUGUAUGUACAUACACACACACAUGUACAUGCACACAUACACAGACACAUGUACACACACACAGACACAUGUACACACACACAUACCUGUACAUACACGCAGACACAUGUACAGAUACACACAUGUACAUACACACAGACACAUGUACACGUACACACACACACCCAUAAAAAGUUGCAGUGCUUCGUUGUUCACUCACAGAUCCGGGUACUGCACUCUAGGGGGAGGCAGAGAGCACAGCACACACUCCUUGCUUUGCUUUCCCUGCGCUCAGCUAUUUAGCAGUCUGACGGCUCCCAGUGCCAAUGACAGAUCCGGCCUGAGCUCCGAGCCUGCUCAGCAUGACGGCCCUGGGGGACACACUCGCCCCCACCAUAAUUUCCACUCGCCAUUGACGAGCAAGCGAGUGGAAAUUUCAAGC